UUCAGUAUCUUAUUCAUGUUGCGUGUUCUUCGCAGGCCUGAAGCAAGUGGAGUAUCUGCUGUCAAACAAAAUCCGAUAGCCACUCAAAAGAAAACUGCGAAAGAAAACACGGCUCCAGUAGAGAAACGUCUCACAAGAGCUAUGACGGCAGCAAAAGGAACUGGCCAGCAGAAAAAAUCGCCAACGAAGAAAACGGUGGCGAUAAAAGUGAACGAGCCCUCUACGUCGAAGGCGAACGCUUCAUCAAGAAAGCCGAGAGAACGGCCAGAAUCCAAUACAUCGAAAUUGAGAAGAUCAUCUAGAAAAACGAGAGUAGCAUUUGAAGAGGAUCAUGACACCAAUGAAAUGAAGACACCUGAAAAAAGAAGAAUAAAACAAAAGAUUGUUCCAACUCCUGCAGUGUUAAGGGAUAGUAACAAGGAGCCCUCUACGUCGAAACUGAGAAUAUCAUCUAGAAAAACGAGAGUGGCUAUUUUUGUUGAUGAUCAUGACAAUGAAGAAAUUAAAACACCUCAAGUCAGUAGAAGCAUGAAAAAUCGUGUGCGCACUCCUGCUGUGAAGUCAAAUGAAGAUGAAGAAGCACUUGAAGCUAUGGAAACAGAUUCUAAUGAGUGCGCAGUGAACUCGACUAAAGGAGCGCAAGAGUUUUAUGGUAAUCUUGAGAGAGAGAGCGAUUUGUUGCUGAAGUGCUGUGACAGAUGGUCCAAGCCGGCCUUCACAGAGCUUGUGCCUCAAGAGGUGUCGGACGAAAUAGACUCAACGGUGGGCCAGGCGCGCCUACUGGUCAGCGACAAAUUCCAGCAAUUCAAACAUCUGAUUCAGCGCUUUGAAGAAGGCUCCCAACCGCCAGUCACUGCUCAAGAUCUCCAUGGCUUCUGGGACAUGAUUUACAUUCAGGUUGACAAAAUGAAAGAAAGAUUCGAUCAACUGACUGAAUUGAAAAAUUGUAAUUGGCAAAAGAAAACCGAGCAAGUUGUUGCUAAGAAAAGGGUAGCUUCCAAGCCAAAAGCAGUCAAGCCAGUUGUAAAAUCUAGAUUUCAGGAGUUUAUGGCUAAGAAGAAAAUGAAAAACACCAAAAAAAGCUGUGAUUCACAGAAUGUGACUCCCAAUAAAGAAUCCCAGUCAAACACAGGUAAUUCGUUAAUUUUAUUCAUUAUAUUAUAGUCAAUACCCCAUAAUCGUCAUUGUAUAUUCCUAAA